AUGGUGAUAUCAGCAGCCAUGGAAGCAGUUGGCUACAUUGGCCGAUGCGUCUCGGUCCAAAACACAUUGGAGAGACCCGUUUACGUGCUUCAAUUUUCCCUCGUCAUCCUUGCACCAGUCCUCAUGGCAGCGUGUUGCUACAUCAUCUUCGGUCGUAUUUUAUUCCUUAUUGUCCCCCAAGAGGCACGCACACUUCGACUAUGCUGGGUACCUCCCCGAUUCAUUACACCGAUCUUCGUCGGGUGUGAUAUCAUUGCUCUGCUCCUCCAGCUUGGCGGUGCGGUGAUGAUCUCUGCAGUCGAUGCCACAGAUAAGGAUGCGAGAAACAAGCUCAACACGGGAAAACAUGUUGCCCAAAUAGGUGUUAUCAUCCAGCUUGUUGCCUUGGCAUGUUUGCAGUCGCAGCUGUCCGUUUCAACUUCACUUCCAAGCGCUUCACUGGGUCUCUGA